GUGGCUACGGCUCCGGAAAAAGGGUCUAGUUCUGUCGAAGGCGGGGCUGCAGGCCCGGGGGCGGCACCGCGUCCUUCGAAGGGCGGUGCCAAGGAGUCAAGGGAGGAGCCUGGCCCGAGUAAUGGCCCCGGGCGUCUUCGCGGGGGUGGUCUCCGUGGUGGCCGGGCUUGGGGACGCGGUAGGCCGAGAACUCCACCGGGAGAGGUGGUGUGGGUGGAGCGGGCUCGGCGGCCAGAAGACACAGGGCCAGUCUGGGUGCCCCGGAGACCCCCAAGGGCUCAGAGUUGGGGCGGCGCCUCGGGCGGAGGCACAGGACCAGGCUGGGGGGUAUCUCCCGAGGACCCGGGCUCCUCGGAGCCACCCAGCGGGGAUGUGUGGGUGCCUCGGGGCCGGCCCCCGGCAGCGGCCGCGGAGGUGUGGGUGUGCUGGGCCGGGGGCAGCUGGGUGUGGCGUGAGUGGGACCGCCCAGUCGGGGCAACUGCAGUGCAGCCAGAUAGGGUCUGGACUUUACGCAAAGGGACAGGCGGGAACUGAAGAGCGGAGGUGGGGACCGGGAGGGAGGGAAGGUAUGGGGGUGAGCAAAGGGGCGGGGCCCUGGCUGCUGUGGCCUCCCCUGACCCCCUUCCCCCGCUGCUGGGGUCCUCGGCCAAGCCCCCUUCUCACUGGACUGAAACAUGAGGCUGAGCUGGGUCCGGGUCCUGACAGUACUGUCCAUCUGCCUGAGUGCCGUGGCCACGGCCACGGGGGCCGAGGGCAAAAGGAAGCUGCAGAUCGGGGUCAAGAAGCGGGUGGACCACUGUCCCAUCAAAUCGCGUAAAGGGGAUGUCCUGCACAUGCACUACACGGGGAAGCUGGAAGAUGGGACAGAGUUUGACAGCAGCCUGCCCCAGAACCAGCCCUUUGUCUUCUCCCUUGGCACAGGCCAGGUCAUCAAGGGCUGGGACCAGGGGCUGCUGGGGAUGUGUGAGGGGGAGAAGCGCAAGCUGGUGAUCCCGUCUGAGCUGGGGUAUGGAGAGCGGGGAGCUCCCCCAAAGAUUCCAGGUGGUGCAACCCUGGUGUUCGAGGUGGAGCUGCUCAAAAUCGAGCGACGAUCUGAGCUGUAACCAGACUGGGGAGGGGUAGGGGGAGAGGCCCCCAUCAGGGACCAGACUGUUCCAAAAACAAAACAAAACAAAACAAAAAAAACAAAAAAACUUAAAAGCCCAAGGA